GGAUUUUGCCCGAUAAACAUAUGCUCCGGCUCGGCUUUUGAUUGUUACACAAAGUGCAACCACCUACCUUCUUUAUCCGACGCCGGGAGCACUUAAACUGCCAGUCGGAUGAUCCCGCAGAAACCCUGAUGCCAGUGUGAAUCACGCUUGUAUCACUUGAGCCGCGUGGUCUACCCGUUCAGUCCAUGCUGCUUCGGUGUGUAAUUGGGUGACCAAGAUGUUGUUGUAACAAGAUAGCUGAACUCGCCAUAGCCAUGCCAAUGACAUUUCAUCUUGUGGCUAGGUCAAUCGCACUCCGGUCUUUGGCUAUGAAACUGAUCUCAUCGGCACGCGCGCUGUCGCGACGGCCGGGCCAUAGACAUGGUAGGAAUAGGAGGAGGUCUUUGAAGUGUGAUGGACGGAACUGGUUGUGGCCCUGGUGGUGCUGCUGCUGUUCCACAUGCAGGCAUGGAAGCAGACUCCUGCACAGGACCACGAACAGCAGGAGGUCGGUUCCCACCCUCAACCGGCUGCGUACCUUUCCCCUGGGCAGGGAAGCUCAUAGCCGAAGUAGACCGUGGCGGCACAACGGGCCCUUUACCGAGACCCCCGUGGCCGGACAGCUUUGAAACUCGGACGCCUGUACUUAACGCCCGAAUCGUCGGAUCAGCACUCAACGGAGCGUGAUGGAGAGCCGGAGACCAUGUGGGUGCAGGGGCAGCAGGGAGAGGUGGACCACCGCCGUCUGCAAGAGUCGUCGAAGAAACAAGACUCGUAGUAAUCGUCGGUGUAGACAGGUGAUCUGGAAGACGACAUGAUUGCAUUUGUCCAGGGGGGCCUGCGUACCCAUAACGAUUCGAGCCUCUACGCUGGGUCUGACGCAAACUGGAGCUUGAAAAGCUCAUUGACAAGGUAGAUGGUCGACGCGGCACUGGAGUCCGACAUGACAAGGAUCGUCCAGACAACCGAUCAUUCGAAUUCGAACUCGAAAGCGAAAGAGACAGCGAUGGAUUGAAAGUGAAGUGGCUAUCGGUCAAAUCCACGUCGAGUAAUGCACCCUCGGACACGGACCGGAGGGUACUGGAGUAUCGACUACUUGAAGCUGUGGCAGCUGGGAAAUAGCCGGGAUGAUAAUGUGGAGAAGGAGAGUAAGGGUGACGAAGAUGCCAGGACGAUGUGGUAUUGUGAUGGUGGUGAUAUUUAUGCGGAUAGAUCGCCUUUUGAGACGACAAGCUGUUGCGGCGUUGGAGCCACUGUUCGUGUUCGAGCCUGCUUGGCCGGCGGUCGUGGACGGGGAAAACACUGUCGUCUCUGUAAAUCUGUGAUCCAGCGGUCCCUGUGCUGGAGAGAGAAGGGAUGGAGCCGUGGUGCGCCGCGGCGUUAUGUUCGCGCGAGAUAGAGGUUCGCGGUCCGAACCCGAAUCCGAACCGCCAGCACCAGAAGGAGUUGCGGAACUGGGAUUUGUAGCUGUGGCGGCUGCAUGUUGAUGUAGAGUUGCUGUCCGUUUGUGCGCUGGUUAUCCGGCGGAGUAGGCGGUCCAGGAGACAGAGGAGACACAUAGACAAUCUUCGAAGGACGUAUGCAGGUUAGCAACCCAAGGUUCAGGUAGAUUUAGCCCUGGGUAAGGUAUGCGGUACAAUACUCACGCCAUCACAACCG